AUGUCGCACAAGCAGAGGGUCGCUGAGUUAGUGGAGGAGGCUGAAAAGAUUCAAGCAUGCACCAAAGUGCUAGUCCAUGCAGCAACAGUGAUUGGAAACAUGGCUGAAAACCUUCAAAUAUUGGGUGAAAAUACAGAGGAAACUCAGAAGAGUAUCGACAGAUGGAAAGAUGUUUUCCUACCUCAGGACAACGUCGAGACCAGAGUUGAGGAGAUUGCUUCCCAGAAACGCAAAGUUGCUUUCUGCGACGCUCCGAAGAGCUCCUCAGCCAGGCGAAGAAGCGUCGAGCUUGAGGAAGAGACGAAUGUGGUCGGAAAGUGA